AUGAGUUAAGAAUUACUCCAUUGUCCGAAAUGUUAAAUGAAUUUCGAUAAAUAUACUCGAACACCUUAAAUGUUACCAAAAUGUGGACAUUCAAUGUGUAUGUAAUGUCUUAAAGAGUCUUGUAAAAUCAUUUGUCCAGAAGAUGGGUACUAUAUCUCAUUUUAUCAGAUUGCUCUAACCUACAGAUCUCUCACUUUAUCCAAUAAACCAAGCUGUUUUGAGAAUCAUCUGCAAAACCCAAGAUAAUGAUAUAACAUAGAACCAAGAUAAAUUGCAAUAGUGCCCUUAACACCACAAACUCCUUGAGCUUAUAUGUAUAGAUGACAAGUGUAGAAUUUGUGCAAAUUGUGCCUUAUUUGGUAUACAUAAGUAACACAACAUACAAAAUGCUGAAGUACAUAUAAUUAUUGAUUCUUCAGUCUGUAGACAAAUCAAUACAAGAUAACCUCAUAUAGACUUAACAUUUGACUCUCACUAUUCAAGAUAAAGUCAAAUUACUUAAAUUACCACUAAUAAACAAGAAGAUACAUGACUAAAUUAGACUUUGUAUAAAAUAAUAAUAAACUCUUGCUGAAGAACAAUUCAAAGUAUCUUAAAUCAAUAAUUUUAGGAAAUCAUUAAUUAAAUACUUGCCAAGUAACAGAAAGUACUUGAAGAGAUUGAAUAGAAGUAUGAGCUGUUAGAAGAUCAAUUUUUGAAAAAGGAGACUCUAACUAUCACUUCCAUUCUUGAUAAAGCUGAUUUAUGGAUACUAGGGUAUUUAAUAUUAAUAAUAAAUUAGAUCUAAUCAAAAAAUACAAGAAUAUCAUGAAACAAAAGUAAAAGGAGAAAUUGCAUAUUCUUUGCUAUUAUAAGACUCUUCAAAUAAAUAAGGUAAAUAAAUUCUUGAAGAAAUUGAUGAUUAUUUACUCAAAUUUCAAAAUAAUCUUCAAGAUAUUGUAUCAGCUAUACCAACUGUUAAUCAAUAUGAAUAAACUUAUUUUGAUGAACCUAAUAUACUCAAAGAUUUAUCAAUAAUUGAAUAGAGUUUCUUAAAAGAAAUUGAUGAAAAACCACCUCAUAAUGAAUUUCUAGGAUCAUCUCUACCAGAAUCCACUUGUCAAUCUCAACCAUCCUCUAAUAAUAUCUCUUAGAAUGCUAUAAGUCCACAAUAACCCCAUUAAAAAAGAUCAUCAUAAUAAUUUGUUUUAGUUUCACCUAAGAUAUAAAGUAGAUAGCAAUCUGCUUCACCAAAAAAACCUAUAGUUAAAAAAAAGUUAAACACCAAGAUAGAAUCAAUUUUAUUUAAUUGUAAUGGUGAUUAUCUAGAUUUAUCACAAUAAGGUAUUUUAAAUUAUAUAUUCUUACAGAUCUUGGAGAUGAAGGAAUUAUGAUAUUAGAAGAAUAAAUAAGAAAUAAGAAGGUUAAAAUAAUUAAAUUUAUGAGAAAUAGGAUAAGUGAUGUUGGUGCUAUUAAAUUAAUGGAAUUACAUUGUUAAGUGUUAUAUCUAUAAUCAAAUGUAAUUACUGAAAAGUUUUUGGAUAUGAUAAUGAAUGCUAUAUAAAAGUAGAUUCAGAUUCACAUCAAAACUGUAUAUUUGGGUCAGAAUCUUAUUAAUUAGUUUAGAGUUAAAAAGAAAAUAGAAGAUCUCAAAAAAUUAGGAAUUUCAAUUUAAAUAUGA